AGACACAGGGCCAUGGGAGGAGACCGGAGUCCCCAGAGGGCUGGUGUCCAUAGUUUCAGUUUGAAGCAGCUGGUGGCAACAGGUUAACAUUUCAGAUGGCAGGGACAGCGCGCCAUGACAGAGAAAUGGCAAUCCAGUCCAAGAAAAAGCUCUCCACAGCUACUGAUCCCAUCGAAAGACUGAGAUUACAGUGCCUGGCCCGAGGCUCUGCAGGCAUCAAAGGACUUGGAAGAGUAUUUCGAAUCAUGGAUGACAAUAACAACCGAACCCUUGAUUUUAAAGAAUUUUUGAAAGGGUUAAAUGAUUAUGCUGUGGUGAUGGAAAAGGAAGAGGCAGAAGAACUUUUCCGGAGAUUUGAUAGAGAUGGAAAUGGAACAAUAGACUUCAAUGAAUUUCUUCUCACAUUAAGACCUCCCAUGUCUAGAGCCAGAAAGGAGGUAAUUAUGCGAGCUUUUAGAAAGUUAGACAAAACUGGAGAUGGUGUUAUAACAAUAGAAGACCUUCGUGAAGUUUAUAAUGCUAAACAUCACCCGAAGUACCAAAAUGGAGAAUGGACUGAGGAACAAGUCUUCAGGAAAUUUCUGGAUAACUUUGAUUCACCUUAUGACAAAGAUGGAUUGGUGACCCCUGAGGAGUUCAUGAACUACUAUGCAGGUGUGAGUGCAUCCAUUGACACUGAUGUGUACUUCAUCGUCAUGAUGACCACUGCCUGGAAGCUCUAGCUGUGUGAUCCUGGGAACCAGACCUUGGGAACAGCCAUGUGAAUCCAAAUGAUUAAACCUCAGCUCAAAAAUUACGAUCAUAUUUUAUUUCAUGUUCAUCCUAGCGUUUCUUCUUUGUCAACACAUUAUUUUCUAGGGCUAAGAAAAGAGUAGAAAUAAAAUCGUUAAGUAAUUAACUGUGA